AUGGAGACAGCCGAAGCAACAACUGUCUCCUUUAAGCAGCAGAUAAAGACAGAAGUGCUGCCUUCAAGGCGUCGAUAUCAGUGGGGGAGCACGGGGGGUGUCUCCUAUGAGCAGCAGCAACAGCAGCAGCAGCAGCAGCAGCAGCAUCAGCAAGGGUCUCCUUCCGGGUGUCUCCUUGGAGGGAAAAGGAGACAAGAUGAAGGUGGCUGGUGGGGGGACAGCAGCGGGGAGAACCAUCUGCAGCAGCAGCAGCAGCAGCAGCAGCACCAGCAUGAGGAGGAGCUGUUAUAUUCAAGGAGAUCGCUGCACUCUCCUUAUAUAGCAGCAAAGGAGACAGCAUGCGACAGGUUUAGGUGGCUUUGCUUAAGACAAAAAGGCGUAGUAUUUGAGAACAAUAUUUUAUCUGUCUCUUGUUUAGUCGGCACGAGCAGCUACAGCACAACCCGCACGUUAUAUGCAUCUAUAGAGCUGAGUUUUGUAGCUAAGCAAGGGGCUCUUGCUGCAGCAGCAGCAGCAACAGGAUCAGGAUCAGGAUCAGCAGCAGCAGCAGCAGCACCUACUGGCUUUCACUCUAUUCGUAGCCGAGUAGAAGCUCGUGAUAAAGAAGCUCUUCUCUGCUCUCUAUCCCCGAUAGUCAGGGCCCCUGGAGAGACAGCUAAAAGCUGUCCUAGAGCAAUUCAAACAGUUGUUAUAUCUGUUAUGAAGCCGUUCUUGUCUCCUCCAGAGCUGCUGCUAGAUGUCUCCUUAUACAGCGGAGAAGAGCAGCAAAUAAUCUUUGCUCUGCCUUUAGUGCUGCCUCACUUCAUGAGGCCCCUCCAGCUGUCUCCUGCUGCUGCGCUGCAGCUGUGGCUGCAUGAAAGCAUGCAUGCAAGGCUUAGCUCAAUAAAACUAUCUCCUUCUGUCUCUUCAGCUGGUUUAGCGUUUAUUGAAGAAGUUAUAUCAUUAGGAGGGAAGUUCGCAGUUAUUAAGGGUAUUAAACAUAGAUUAGCAGCAAACUCUAUAUUUGCUGCAGCAGAACUCUCUGCUAUCGGAGACCUCCCAGCAGAUUGUAAAGCUGUCGUUCGUUAUACUGCUGCAGCAACUUCAGGUGUAUCUGCAGCAGCAAAAAUACAAGUUAAAGCGCAAGACCCCACAGUUGCUGCAAGCAUCUAUGAAUUACUCAUUUACCUUCUCGAAGGCUUUGAAUAA